CAUAGUAGUUAUAAGUAAUGGCAGUGGCUAAGCAGUUUAAGGCAGAGCAUGACAUGACUAUCCAAGUCGUGAGCCGCCACGUCGUGAAAGCAUCCCCAUGCGUUGAGCCGUAUGUGCUCGCCGUCUCCAAUCUCGAUCUCAUUCACAGAUCCACGCAGUCUUCCGUGGCAUGCAUCUACCGUAAGCCUGCGUCCGGCGAUUUCAGCGCCGUCACGGCGGCCUUCCACGCCGAACUACCCGCCUUCCUCAACUACUUCUUCCCUCUGGCCGGCCGCAUCGUCACCAACACGAGCUCCGGCCACCCCGAGGUCCAGUGCUGCAACCAAGGCGCAGAGCUCGUCAUCGGACACGCCGGCGUGGACCUGGGGAGCCUGGACUGGAGCCGUUCGGAUGAGUCCUUGAAUAGGAUCAAGCUGGCGCAUACUGCUGAUGUUGCACUCUCGGUGCAGCUGGUAUCCUUCACCUGCGGCGGCUUCGCCGUUGUCUGGGCGACCAACAGCCUCAUCGCCGGAGACGGGGAAGCCGCCUCCAUGCUCGUUAGGAUGUGGUCCGAGUUCCUCUGCGUGGGGACCAUUGCCGUGCCGAACCACGACCGGUCGCUGUUCCUCCGGCCGCGCGACCCCCCGUCGUACGACGCCUCCAUGGACGGCAUGUUCACGCCAUGGCACCACGAGCACGAGGUCAACACCUUGACGGCGCAAGAGAACCUUGUGGAGCGCCUCUACUACGUCCAUAGGCGCGACAUCGAGAGGCUGCGGCAGAUGGCGAGCCGCGGCGGCCAGCGUAGCUCGCGCGUCCAGGCUCUGUCGGCGUACAUUUGGAAGGUCGUCGCCGGCGUCGUGGCCGCGUCAACGCGACAGGAGAAGCGCUGCCGCAUGGGAUGGUGGGUGGACGGACGGCAGCGGCUCAGGGCGCCCGCGCUGCGCAACUACGUGGGCAACGCCACCACAUACGUGGUGGAGGAGGCCGCCGUGGACACGAUCCUGCAGGCGCCGCUGGCGGACGUGGCGGCGACGGUGCGGGAGGCCAUCACAUCGGUGGACUACGAGGAGCGCUACAAACAGGUGGUGGACUGGCUGGAGAAGCACAACCCUGCGCCGCCGCCGCAAGGGGGAAGGAGAAGGAGGUUCGUGGAGGCGGCGACCGUGGGGCUCGGCAGCCCGACGGUGAGCCAGAUGGUGUGGGCCUCGUUUGCUGGCGACACCGACUUCGGCUUCGGGGAGGCCGCGCUUGCCAUGCCAAUGCCAGUGUCGGCGAGCACGAUGAAGCUAUGCUCGGGCUACCUGUGUGUUGUGUCGCGGCCAGCAGACGAGGCGCCGUGGAUCAUCCGCGCUUGCAUAUGGCCGCGUCUCGCCGCGGCGCUCGAGUCCGAUGAGCAGCGCAUCUUCAAUCCACUCACCGCCGAAUUCCUUGGCUUUUCUCAGCGGAGGAGUAGCGCUUGGGAUGCAAGGCCUCGUCUGUGAGUAAAUAAUAAAUCCUAUUGCAUGCGCAAAUUGGAA